CGGUUCGCACAGAGCAGUUUUCCGUCGCUCCCCUCAAAACUCAGCAGGAAAGACCCUCUCUCUCUCUAAAAACACAAACACAGUCUCUCUCUCUCUAAAAACACAACCACAGUCGCUCUCUCUCUCUCUCUCUCUAACACGACGUCUCUCUUUCUUCUUCCAUUCAAUGGUUUGCUUUCUCAAUCUCUGCCUCUCUAAGAGGAUCUCGCGGUACAGAAUCCACUGCUUAUAAACGGAAAACCAGGAGCGGUUUUCUAACACUAUGAUGGAAGGCCCCAAGAACCAGAAGCUAACCAGAACCCCUUCCUCUCUCCUCCGAUCCCCCACCGUCAAGUCCUCCAUUAAUGGCCUCUCAAUUUUGGAAGAGCAAGCAGAAGAUAGCUACAAGAAAACCCACAAAUUUAUUUCCCCGAAAAGGCCUGGCUUCUUGCUCAUUGUGGUGACGAUUUCCGCUCCUCUUCUCUGGUUUUACCUGAGAUCCAUACCUAGCCAAGUCGAGAACUUUCCAAUUAUGGCAAUAUGGUUGGAUCUCGCCUCUGUUUUGCUUCUCUUCUUUGGGUUUGCCCUUUGGGUUCGAAGGGGUAUAGCCGGUUCGACCCUAGGGUUAAGGAGAUUGAGCGUUCCUUUCCUGAAACAGCUGGUUCUUCAUCUCUAUGAGGAGAGACACAGGAAAUUAGGGUUUCGUAAAGGGAGCUCUGUUGCAUGGUACAUCGGAGAGGAGAAAUCAGAGCUCAGAGACAGGAGGAAGCUGAUUAUAAGAGAGGGAGUUGAAGUUUACAGUAAUGGCGACAUGUACGAAGGCGAAUUUCAUCAAGGGAGGAGCUCAGGAAGUGGGGUUUAUUACUAUUUUGGAAGUGGGAGAUAUGAAGGGGAUUGGAUUGAUGGUAAGUAUGAUGGCUAUGGAAUUGAGACUUGGGCACGAGGGAGCAGGUACAGAGGUCAGUAUAGACAGGGAAUGAGACAUGGAUAUGGAGUUUAUAGGUUUUACACAGGGGAUAGUUAUGCAGGGGAAUGGUGUAACGGACAGAGCCAUGGUUGUGGGGUUCAGUCCUGCGAGGAUGGAAGCCGAUAUGUUGGCGAGUUUAAGUGUGGGGUGAAGCAUGGCUAUGGAUAUUACCAGUUCAGGAAUGGGGAUACAUACUCGGGGGAAUAUUUUGCUGAUAAACCCCAUGGUUUCGGGGUCUACCGCUUCGCUAAUGGCCACUGUUAUGAGGGCUCAUGGCACGAAGGAAAGAAGCAAGGGUUCGGAGUCUACAGUUUUAGAAGUGGUGAUACACGUUCUGGAGAGUGGGACAAUGGAGCUCUAAAGAACCCUCAUCCAUCAGCUUCUCUCGUGGUCUCAAAUGCUGUUCAGGAAGCAAGAAAGACAGCUGAAAAGGCCUUCUCAGUUCCACGAGUCGAAGAUAGAGUGAACAGAGCUGUUGUAGCUGCAAGUAGAGCUGCCACUGCAGCUCGAGUCGCUGCGAUCAAGGCCGUUCAAAACAGAAUACAUGGGAGAUUUUGUGAUACGGAUGUGUAAGAGGAUACUUGCCCUGUAAAUUUCAAGGGAGAGAGAGGUGGGGCCAAGCAAAAAGCUUGCCCACAAGAAGUUGAUCCUCUUUCUUUUCUUUUUUUUUCUUCUGUUAAUCAAAUCUUUGAAAUAUAGGGAUCCCUUCUCAAUA